UGACUUUAGACUGGUUCUAAACAGCCUCGGUCAGACUGUAUGUAAUGGACAACAUAUGCUUUUUUUACUGAUUUUUGCAGUGAUUGUAUUGUGGUUUCGCUAUUCUGUAUGCAAAAUUAUUUUUAUGUACCAAAUUGAAAUCUAGGAUCAUGGAAACCAGUUCGAGUUCAUCAUCAGCUACAACUGAGAGUAUGGAUGUUUUGUCCCAAUUCUUCCGCCGUUCAAUUGGAUUACAGAGUAUAUUACAGAGCAACUUACCAAAAUUCCGAGGGAUGCCACAUCAUGCGGAUGACAUGUCCUUGUCAGAAUGGCUUGAAGAAUUUAAUGGAGUAACUGCUAACCAAAAUAUGGAAAUGAGUAGCAAAGCUCGACUGUUGCUAGAUCACCUUUCAGGACCAGCACGAGAGGAAAUAAUGUGUCUCAGUGAAUCGAAGAGACAGGAUUUUGAUGAAAAAGUAAGUCGUCUGAAAUUGUGCUUUGGCUAUCAGGAAACCACACAGACCCUCAGUAGCCAGUUUCAUAAUCGCAUACAGAGAGAUGGAGAAUCACUUUGUGACUUCAGCCGUGCCCUGAUUCGCACCUACAACAAGAUGGAAAAAGCUGCCACUACACAAGCUCAAGGAGAAGCUUUAAGUCAGUUGAAAAACAAGACCUUAAGUGAUCAAUUUGUCAAUGGUGCCCGGGAGGCUUGGGUGAGGAGAGAGUUGAGGCGAAUACAGAUGAUGCAUGAAAUCGAUGGAUUUGCCAAGAUUCGUGAGGAAGCCCUCAAACUCUUUCAGGAGACUGCCACCACUCAGAGGCCCAGAGUCCGAGAAGCAGAUAUUGAAGUUGGAAGGGCAGUCAUGAAAGAUUCCAUGCUUGUGCAACAGGUAGUAGAACAACAGAAAGCUAUAAUGACGGAGUUGGAGCAACUUAGGGGAGAAGUCGCCAAGCUGAAAGGAGGAAAACCACAGAGAAAGAGGACUGAUGGACGAUGCUUCAGCUGUGGCCAUAAAGGACAUCUACGCCGUGACUGCCCCAACAUACCCACUGGUUCCCCUGCACAUGAAUAUAAUUACUCUGCUGGCAACUGGCAUCAGGAGAAUCAAAGCUUCCCCACUUGGAGCACGGAAUCAGGUACCAUGCAGAAUCAUGGCAGUUUCAACAGGCCAACAGUCUUCCAGUCCUCAUCACAAGGAGCUGCCAGUAUUCCUCACCAACAUAUCGCAUCCCAGGAGGAAAACUAGACCCCUCUGUUGUUGAGGGCCAAACGGCAGAGGACAAUAGAAAGCAAUAUCAUACAGAAGAGCCCAUAGAAGGAACUGUAACCAAUCCACAAACUGAUAUGUCAUUUGGUGGUAAUUCAGAGGAUGUAAAUGA